UGAAGCUAUGUUUAGUACCGUCUCAGUCGCCGGUGCCUUUAAGAGCAGAGCAGAUCAGCAGCAUGAGGCGGGCACGAGAAAGUCUAAUGUGACUUUCCAAACAGAAACUAUACACUGUGUCAAGGAACACAAACAAGCCUUUCUCUCUCUGCCACACCGCACAGAACCGAGAUAUGGCGACUGCUGGCAGUGUGCUGUCUAAGGAGCAACUUCUUUGCCCCAUCUGUCUGGAUUUGUUCAACCAGCCAGUCACUACUCCUUGUGGCCACAACUUCUGCAGGGACUGCAUACAAAGAUACUGGCAGAACGCUAAUCUGGCCCAGUGCCCCAUGUGUAAGCACAAGCUGUUCAUGAGGCCUGACCUCAAAGUAAACACAUUCAUAUCGGAGGUGGCAUCUCAGUUCAAGGAGUUGGCAGAGAGGAGAUACGAAAAUGAAAUCAAAACCGUGGAUGGAUCAACAGGCCACGAAGGAGAGGUUUCAUGUGAUGUGUGUGUUGGAAAAAGGGUCAAGGCUCUCAAGUCCUGUCUGGAAUGUUUGGCCUCAUUCUGCGAGACUCACCUGGAGCCCCAUCUUGUCCUUGGCACCUUUAAGAAACACCGCUUGAUUAGCCCCAUGAUGAACAUGCAAGACAGAGUGUGUAGGAAGCACGAGAAACUGCUGGACCUGUUCUGUACCACGGAUCAGACGUAUGUGUGCCAGCUGUGCAUUAAGAAAGACCACAAGGCUCAUCGCACUGUUCGUAUAGAGGACGAGAGCAGAGACAGGAGAGCUCAAAUAAGAAACAUGAAUGAAGAAGUGGAAACAAUGAUCCACUGCAGACAGACGAAAAUCGGCGAAAUCAACCAAACUGUUCAACUCAGCAGAAGAAACACAGAAAGAGAGAUCGAAGAGAGUCGGCAAAUCUUCAACAAACUGCUCCAGUUUGUCCAGAGGGGCCAAGAGGAGGUGCUUCAGGUGAUCAGUGCAAAGCAGAAGCAAGUGGAGAGCAGGGCAAGAGGGAUUAUCAUGGAGCUGGAGCAGGAGAUCGAUGAGCUGAGGCACAGGAGCACCGAAAUGAGCCAGUUCUCCCACACCGAAGACGAUCUUUACGUCCUCCAGCGCUUUCCGGAUUUCUCCACAAUUCCAGCCACCAAAGAUUGGUCUGACACCCGCAUGGAAAGCGCUGAAUACGUGGGCACACUGAGGAGGGCGGUCAGGAGAGUCUCCUGUCAGUUGGAGGAGACAGUAAAGGCUGAGGUGAAAAGGCUUUGUGAGACUGAAUUUCAACGGGCUCAGCGGUGUGCCGUGGAAGUGACGUUGGAUCCUGACACAGCUCAUCCCAAGCUGGUGCUUUCUGAGAACAAGAAACAGGUUUAUCACAGUGAUGUAGCCCUCAAUCUCCCUGACAACCCAGAGAGAUUUUACCCCGGUGUUAGCGUUUUGGGAAAGGAGGGUUUCUCCUCUGGCAGGUUCUACUAUGAGGUCCAAGUGAAAGGGAAAACUGAGUGGGAUAUCGGAGUUGGACUUGAAUCUGUCAACAGAAAAGGAGGGAGUAUACUAAACCCAGAAAACGGCUACUGGACUCUGGGGAUGAGGAAAGACGGGAGCUACUGGGCGCUCAACAGCCCUCCUGUUUGCGUGCCGCUGGUCGAGAAGCCCGAGAGGGUCGGGGUGUACGUGGAUCUGGGGUGGGGGCAGGUUUCUUUUUACAACGUGGACUCUCAUUCCCAUAUCUACACGUUUACUGGAUGCUCUUUCAGUGAAAGACUUUUCCCCUACUUUAACCCCCGACGCAAUCACAACGGGGUCAACUCGGCCCCUCUUAUCAUCUCGCCUGUCGAUAUUGAAAAUGGAUCUCUUUCUGCUGCUUGAAUCCUUGCAGCUAUUUCUUUUUUAGCAUUUUGAAUAUAAACUUACAAACCUGCAGUGUGAUACUUGAUGCUCUGUUUGCCUGAAUAAAAUUUUGCCUGCUGA